GCAAAGAUGGCCUCUGUACAGGCGCAACGGAAGGUUGGAAACCAAGACGACGGCCUCCAUGGCGCCGAGCAGGAGGCGGUGCGCGCCACGGGGAGAGGCAGGAGCAAGGCGUCGGCGCGGAAGGUGACCUACGGCUUCCACCUGGUGGAGGGCAAGAUGCCGCACGGGAUGGAGGACCGCCACGUGGCCGAGUUCAGGCGCCUGGACGAUGGCAACGAGGUGGGCCUCUUCGGCGUCUUCGACGGCCACUCGGGCGCCGACGUCGCCACCUACCUCCGGAACCACCUCUUCGACAACAUCCUCGGCGAGCCGGACUUCUGGGAGGACACCAUGGGGGCGAUACGGCGCGCCUACCACCGCACCGACAGGAAGGUGCUCAAGAAGAAGAAGGUGACCGCCGACGGCGAGGAAAUAGUAAGGCCACGCCGCGGUGGGUCCACGGCGGUGACGGUGAUCCUCCUCAACGGGGAGACCCUGGUGGUGGCCAACGUGGGGGACUCCCGCGCAGUCGUGUGCGAGGGCGGCAGGGCGAGGCAGCUCUCCGUGGACCACCAGCCGCUCCGGGAGCGCGACGCCAUCGAGAGCAGGGGAGGCUUCGUCACCGAGAUGCAUGGGGACGUGCCUCGCGUGGACGCGUCGCUGGCGAUGUCGCGGGCGUUCGGUGACCGGAAACUCAAGGAGCACAUCAGCUCCGACCCGGACGUGGCCAUCGAGCACGUCGGGGACGACACCGAGUUCGUCGUCGUCGCCAGCGACGGGCUCUGGAAGGUGAUGUCCAACCAGGAGGCCGUGGACGAGGUCAGGGACACGCGCGACGCCCGGAAGGCGGCGGUGAAGCUCGUGGAUUCGGCGGUGGACCGGGGAAGCAAGGACGACAUCGCUUGCGUCGUCGUGCGCAUCCACUGACCUGCAACGAUGCUAGGAGCAUCUCCAACGGGCGCAAGAACACUCCGCGCCCAAUGAACAUUAUAGUGCGUCACUGUAGCGUUUUUAAUGCGCCGAGACUAACUUUGCUUUAGCAGGCGCUCAAAAACACGCGUCUAAAAAGCAGACCGUGCAAAUUGUGAAGCGCGCGCAACCGGCGCUCAAAUAUGCUGCCCGUGAUAGCGUUUUUCAACGCGCGCCCAGAAGCUAUCAUGCGUUUUUCAACACGGGUCCAAAAGCUUUUAGCGCAACAACUUCUGCUGGAGAAGUCCGAUGUUAAAAAACAAAUUUUUAGUGCGCGGAGCUCUUUUUAUGCUUUUGUUGAAGAUGCUCUAACCGUCAUGUAGGAGUAUUUGUUGGGAGACUGUUGAUGACUUUGAUGUCAGGCGCGUAGGAACAGUUUGUACAAGGGAGGUGAGCUGAAGUGUUUGCUGUAAACUUCUCGCAGAAAGGAAGUGCACUGGACUGUUUGAUGUAAAAUUCUUGCUGAAGUUCCAAUUCCAGU